UUUCACACAUGACAUAAUAGAGAUAGAUGAUACACAUGAAAAACAGUAACUUAUAAUUCAGUAUUCGGUAAAUAAAAGAUAGACACGUUCAAAACCGGUCAAACAAAUAUGUCAGACAAAGUGCCACAGCAACCGGAUAAUCCACCCAAAUAUCAGCCGGGAGAAGGAAUUCGAUCUAUGAAAAGUACCACAUUAUUUCGAGCGGUUAAUUUUGAGCUGUAUGCAAAACCAAAUCUGGUGAUAAUGGCCAUUGGAGCCGUUUGUUUUGGAGGUGCUUUAGGUUAUAUCACUUACAUGCGAUCCAAAUAUGAAAGUCAAGGAUAUUAUGCGGCUGUUCAAUCGGAUGGUACCGAAGUGUAUACAAAGCGACGUUCAAAAUGGGAAUAGAAUAUACGAUUUUUAUGGAAUAAAAAUAAAUUAUUUGAAUGCUGCCAUUCUAGUAUUGUUAUGAAAAAAAGAAA